UAAAAUUCGCUGCUGAAUCCUUCUUUUGAGUACGUCUCCACUCUCCUGGUGAUAUCUGCUUUCUCCGGCUAGAUUUCCGAACUUCACCGGAGCCGGUGUGUGAGAUCGACAAGGAAGCAACAAUAUGCCGAAGAGGACGACUCACACAUACUCGAGCGAGGAUGCAGCACCAGAUGGACCAGAUUCCGAUCUCUUCGUCUAUUACUGCAAGCAUUGUAGUUCUCACGUCCUCAUUACCGAUACGCAAUUGCAGAAGAUGCCCAAACGAAAAACCGACAAAGCAUAUGCUUUGGACAAGAAAAAGCAUCUUACAAGAUUGAACAUAAAUGAAGCCGGAAAAAUUCUCCUAAAGAGGGGUGAAGGGAAAUUAGAAAAGCAAUUUCGUAUGAACUGUAUAGGUUGUGGACUCUUUGUUUGCUAUCGUUCUGAAGAAGACUUGGAAUCUGCCUCUUUCAUUUAUGUUGUUGAUGGUGCACUUAGUACAGUUGCUGCAGAAACUAAUCCCCAGGAUGCACCUGUGCCACCUUGCAUUUCUCAGUUAGAAGGAGGACUUGUCCAGGUGGCAAUUGAAGUGGAGGACAGAGCACAACGCUCAGCAAUCACAAGAGUGAAUGCUGAUGAUGUUAGAGUCACUGUGGCUGCACCUGCAGCACGUGGGGAAGCUAACAAUGAGCUUUUAGAAUUUAUGGGGAAGGUGUUAGGUUUGAGACUAAGUCAGAUGACACUUCAGAGAGGGUGGAAUAGCAAGUCUAAGCUUCUUGUGGUGGAAGAUUUGACAGGUAGACAGGUAUAUGAGAAACUGCUUGAAGCUGUGCAGCCUUGAACUAUGUGUGUGAUGUUUAUGUGUAAUUGGUUCAUGUCAAAUGUGUGUGACAUUUUUUGGCAAAGGACUUUGUUGAUUUUGAAUACUAAGAAUCUGAAUGAGUUGGAUUUGGAUUUACAA